AUUCUCCAAUGAUUGGUUCUUACCCUUCGGAAAAGCAGUAUAGCGCUAUGGGAGUUUGGAUAGCGACUAAAAUUGUGAUGAAUUGACAAAAGGCUUUGUUUAUCUUUUUACAUUUCCACAAAUAUUUAAUGUUUAUGAGAACUGAAGACAUAGUUAACGUUUUGUUGGAGACAUGGCUGAGAAAUUUGAUAACCUCGAGGAGCAUCUCGAGAAGUUUGUUGAAAAUAUUCGACAAAUGGGAAUCAUCGUUAGCGACUUCCAACCUAGCAGUCAAACAGGACUCAACCAAAAACUCAACUACAUGAUCACGGGACUGCAGGACAUUGAGAAAUGUCGCCAGCAGCUACAUGAGAUCAACGUUCCUCUCGAGGCAUUCGAAUACAUAGAUCAGGGUCGUAACCCCCAGCUGUACACUAAGGAGUGUCUGGAACGGGCCCUGGCCAAGAACGAGCAGGUUAAAGGCAAGAUUGACACCAUGACGAAGUUUAAGAGCCUGCUGAUCUCUGAGCUGGGCAAGGUUUUUCCAGAGGAGAUGACCAAGUACAAGGCUAUCCAUGGAGAUGACCCCCCAUCAUAGUGACCCCAGAACUUUAACCCUGACCCCUAACCCCCCUACUCAAAGCCACAGUGAGGUUUCACAGGGCAGGAUCGAUGAGUCAGCCAGAUGAGGUGUAUUCAUAUUCAGGGAAUAUUAAUGGGAAAGUGGGUUGUUGACAUUGAGAAAUCGCCUAGUCUGAGAUAAUGAGACAGCUGUAGAGGUAGUUGGAGGAGAAAUUCUUUGUUUCUGAUGUGGGAAGAGUAAUGUGGCAAGAAUGCUCCAUGGAAGGGUACAAAAUAUUGUGGACACAAAAAAAAAGACAAUCAUCACAAAUGAGCUAAAGCUGAGGAUUGGAUAGUAAGAACUUGCAGCCAAGAACCUAUUGCCUUUUUCAACUAUCUUUUUGUUGUACUGGAAAUAUGUCAUUUUCUCAUAAUGUGAUAUCUGGCUAACUGUUUCCUCCUGCUGUGUGAGAUCCCACCUAGAACAUGUAUAUAAUGUUUCUACUCAUACAGAACCUUUUUGUAAAGACUAAAGAUCAUUGUACAACACUGAAGAUCUGGACUGGGACUCUGUUUUGUAUCAAGCUCAAGUAUCUAAAUGUAUCUUGUACAUGGUCAACAAACUAGAUCAGAGGUUUACAACACACAUUUUGUGUUUUGAUUGAAUCUUGUUUGUUUUGCUUUUUGUUUUUAUAUUGCAAAUAAAUGGUCUUGUGAUUGAAA